AUGCAGCCACAUUGUUUUAAUUUUUUUCGCAACGCAACGGAUUGGCAAAAUCGCUGCUGAUUAAGAAAAACUGUAUAACCAUCUAAGCAAGAGUGGCGAGAAAGCAGAACCCAUGCUCUGGCUAACCAAAAUGUGAUGUUUGCCGGGCUAACCGACCGCUCGGCGACCGCAAAAACAAGUGCAAAAUCUCCAGAUCUCUGGCGUCACCGCGACAAAUCGAGAGAAACAAAAAAAAAAAAGUGAGCGCUGAGCUGACGCGAGCAGCGCUGCCGAGGAAUUCGUGCGCUGUUGUUGCUCAGCAAUAACGGUAGAGUGAGGGAGCGACCCCAACAACAACAACAACAACAACAUAUGACAAAGUGAAACUGACUGCGUUGGCCCCAAAAAAAAAAAACAACAACCACAGCAAUAGGAGAGUAAGAAGAAGAGGAAGAGCAAACUGUGAUCUCUGCUUAAAAAACAGACGACGACGUCGACGAAAUAAUACAAAAAAAAAAAAAAAUUAAUAAAGGGCAAUUGUUCAAUUGGCUGUGUUUGGAAAAUAAAUUUAGUCAACGGGGAAGGUGUAUUUGCGGGAUUUGCCAAAGGUUUCGACCGCACUCGGCUGGAAAAUCAAUUCUGGAGCUUGCCAAAGGGCAACAACAAGCAGCAGUUGUUAUUCGAUAAAAAAAACGGUACAGGGGCCCAGCCCAAAACAAUCUUCGCCAAGAGGAGGAGGCGGCGGCGGAGCAAGAAGAAGAAGAGCGCCAGAGCAGCGCAGCCGGAUUUGCAAAUAGUUGCUGCGCCAUAAAGUAGAAGUGGAAGUACGAUGGCCUACCGCAAACCUAGUGACCUGGACGGAUUCAUCCAGCAGAUGCCCAAGGCGGAUAUGCGCGUAAAGGUGCAACUGGCCGAGGAUCUGGUGACAUUCCUGAGCGACGACACCAACUCCAUUGUGUGCACGGACAUGGGCUUCCUCAUCGAUGGGCUGAUGCCGUGGCUGACAGGGAGUCACUUCAAAAUAGCGCAAAAGUCACUGGAGGCAUUCUCCGAGCUAAUCAAGCGGCUGGGCAGCGACUUCAAUGCCUACACCGCCACCGUGCUGCCACAUGUGAUUGAUCGGCUGGGCGACAGUCGGGAUACGGUGCGCGAGAAGGCGCAGCUUCUGCUCAGGGACCUCAUGGAGCACCGGGUCCUGGCGCCGCAGGCGCUGAUAGACAAACUGGCCACCUCUUGCUUCAAGCACAAGAACGCAAAGGUUCGCGAGGAGUUUCUCCAAACGAUUGUCAGCGCUCUCCACGAACACGGCACCCAGCAGCUCAGUGUGCGGGUGUACAUCCCCCCGGUGUGCGCCCUCCUGGGCGAUCCCACGGUGAAUGUGAGAGAGGCGGCUAUCCAGACCCUGGUGGAGAUAUACAAGCACGUGGGGGACCGGCUGCGGCCGGAUCUACGACGCAUGGAGGACAUGCCGGCCUCCAAGCUGGCCCUGCUAGAGAUCAAGUUUGACCAAGUCAAGAAGGACGGCCUCCUGCUGCCCUCCGCUCUGAAGAACACCAACGGCAGUGGCAACGGCCAUGGUCUGGACGAGGCCGACAACAUUGGAGUGAAGGAGCGACCCAGCCGGAUAAUCAAGAGGCCGCUGCACUCGUCCGCCUCCUCGUCGUCGUCGCUGCGCUCCAAACAGAGCUCCAACGAUGUGGCCGGGGAUGCGGGCGCAGUGACCAUGGAGAUCUUCGAGGCGAGCUUCGAGCUGGUGCCGCAGCUGAACAUCUUCCACGCGAAGGACAUGGACGACAUCUACAAACAGAUACUUGUGAUCAUCAGCGACAAGAACGCCGACUGGGAGAAGCGAGUGGAUGCGCUGAAGAAGAUCCGGGCUCUCCUGGUACUGCAGUACCAUCUGCAGCCACAGUUCGUGGCCGUGCAGCUGAAGGAGCUGUCGCUGAGCUUCCUAGACAUCCUCAAGGAGGAGCUGCGCUCGCAGGUGAUCCGCGAGGCGUGCAUCACCAUUGCCUACAUGUCCAAGACGCUAAGAAAUAAGCUGGAUACCUUCGCCUUCGGCAUCCUCGAGCAGCUAAUCAACCUGAUCCAGAACAGCGCCAAGGUCAUAGCCUCGGCUUCCACGCUGGCCCUCAAGUAUAUCAUUAAGUACACGCACUCCCCCAAGCUGCUGAAGAUCUACACGGACACCCUGCAGCAGUCCAAGUCGAAGGACAUCCGGGCGGCGCUCUGCGAGCUGAUGGUGUUGCUGUUCGAGGAGUGGCAGACCAAAGCGCUGGAGCGGCAUGCCACCGUGCUGAGGGACACGUUAAAGAAGUCCAUAGGCGACGCAGACAGCGAGGCCCGGCGGCACUCCAGGUGCGCCUACUGGGUCUUCAGGCGGCACUUCCCAGAGCUGGCGGAUCAAAUCUAUGGCACUCUGGACAUAGCGGCGCAGAGGGCCCUGGAGCGGGAGCGAGAAGGCGGCGGUAGCGGCAGCAGUUGUGGGACUACAGUGGAUUCCCGACGCACUGUGUCGCGGAUCGGCAGGGCGCCUGGAACCCUGCAGAAGCCUGCAGCCAGCGUCAGAUCCAUUUCGGCGGUGGACACGGCAGCCGCGCAACGAGCCAAGGCCAGGGCGCAGUAUACGAUGUACUCCCGGUCGAAGAAGCCUCUCCUGCAGAGCAACUCCACACAGGGCUCCGGAGCGGGAGGAGUUGCAUCCGGGUCGCUGCCCAGACCACGUCUGAACUCGAACAGUGGCAGCACACCGGCCGCCACCCCUGGAACGGUUACGCCCCGCACCAGAGGCCGGGCCGGAGUGUCCCAAUCGCAGCCGGGAUCGCGUUCUACCUCGCCAAGCACAAAGCUGCGGGAUCAGUAUGGCGUCGGAGGUGUCUAUUAUCGCGGAGCUACCGGCGCCAUCCCCAAGAAGGCCUCCGGAAUACCAAGAAGCACGGCCAGCUCGAGAGAAACGAGUCCCACACGGUUAGGCGGCGGCCUCAUGAAGCGAAGCAUGUACUCCACGGGAGCAGGUGCCCGCAGGACGCCCGAGAGGAAUAACCCGGUUAGACCUUCGGCAGCUGCUCGACUCCUGGCACAGUCCCGGGAAGCAGAAAACGUACUGGGACACGGCGAGGACGGACAAGGCGAUUACGUGUCCGGAGACUAUAUGCGAACCGGAGGGAUGCGGAUGGGCAGGAAGCUGUUGGGACGCGACGAGUCGGAUGACAUCGAUUCGGAAGCCAGUUCCGUUUGUUCGGAGCGCUCGUUCGACUCCAGCUACACCCGGAACAAGUCCAACUACUCGCUCAGCGGCAGUCACACCCGCCUGGACUGGAGCAUCCAGAGGGCACCGCUGGACGACAUCGAAACUAUCAUUUCGUACUGCGCCAGCACCCACUGGUCGGAGCGGAAGGACGGGCUGAUCAGCCUCACCCAGUACUUGGCCGACGGCAAGGAGCUCUCCCAGCAGCAGCUGCAGUGCGUCCUGGACAUGUUUCGCAAGAUGUUCAUGGACACCCACACCAAGGUGUACUCGCUGUUCCUGGACACAGUCACAGAGCUCAUCCUGGUCCAUGCCCCCGAGCUGCACGACUGGCUCUUCAUCCUGCUGACGCGGCUGUUCAACAAACUGGGCACCGACCUCCUCAACUCGAUGCACAGCAAGAUCUGGAAGACACUCCAGGUCGUCCACGAAUACUUUCCCACACAGCUGCAGCUGAAGGAGCUGUUCCGCAUCAUAUCGGACUCGACCCAAACGCCAACCACAAAGACCCGGAUUGCCAUCCUGCGGUUCCUCACGGACCUAGCCAACACCUACUGCAAGAGCAGCGACUUUCCCAGUGACCAGGGCCAGGCCUGCGAGCGAACGGUCCUGAAGCUGGCCCAGCUGGCGGCCGAUCAGAAGUCCAUGGAGCUGCGCUCCCAGGCGCGGAGCUGCCUGGUGGCUCUCUACAACCUGAACACGCCCCAGAUGACCAAGCUGCUGGCCAACCUACCGAAGGGCUAUCAGGACUCGGCGCUCACCUGCAUCCGGUCGCACAUGCGCCGGCAGAGCCAGAGCGGCAACUCGGGUGCCAACUCGCCAAGCAGCUCGCCGCUGAGCAGCAGCAGUCCCAAGCCGCUGCAGAGCCCCUCGGUGGGCCCGUUCGCCUCGCUCCAGAGCCACCACCAGCUCAGUCUGAGCUCAACUAGUCCCCGUUCGCGGCAGUCCUCCGUCGAGCAGGAUGGCUCUAUGCUGGAGCUGGACGCCAGCAUAAUCCAGCACAUUCAGAAGACCUCCGAGGAGAUCCGCACGGUCUUCGGCGGUCAGUACCAGAUGGCACCCAACGGCUUCAACGGCCAUCUGCAGUACCACGAUCAGGGUCACCAGGACUCGUGCGCCUCCCUGUCUUCCAACUCCAAGACGCAAUCCUCGGCCAACACCACCCAGUCGAACACUCCCGAGUCGGCCACCAUGCGGCUGGACAAUCUGGAGCGUGAUCCCCGAACCGGACACCUGGGAUCGUCGGGGAAAUCUCCCCAGCCGGCGGUCGAGGGAAAGCAUAUGCUGGUGUCCUACACUAACGACGGCGAGCUCAUCCUUCCCGGUGAUCUUACCGAGAGCGAGGUUGUGAGGAUAUCGCUUACCCUGACCAAGGACCAGCCGGUCGAGCAGCUGCAGACGGCGCUGACCAACCUGGGCAUAUGCAUCAAGGGCGGCAGCUGUGAGCUGCCCAACAAGCAGUUCCGAUCGAUAAUGCGGAUGCUCCUUAACAUCCUGGAGGCGGAGCACACGGAUGUGGUGAUUGCCGGGCUGAAUGUGCUCGGAAAGAUAAUGCGCAGUGCCAAGAUGCGCCACAACUGGCUGCACUUCCUCGAGCUGAUCCUGCUGAAGAUCAUACAGUGCUACCAGCACAGCAAGGAGGCGGCGCGCGAGAUCGAUUCAAUGAUCCCUCGAAUAGCGCCGGCUCUCCCCCUGGAUCUGUCGAUUAACAUUGUUAAUCCGGUGAUUGCGACGGGCGAGUUCCCCACGAACCUCUGCGCCAUUAAGAUUCUACUGGAGCUGACCGAGAACCAUGGCUCCGAGAUCACGGAGACCCACCUGGACAUCGUGUUCCCCAACCUGGCCAGGUCGGCGGACGACACCCAGUCGAUGGUCCGCAAGGCGGCCGUCUUCUGCAUCGUCAAGCUGUACAUCGUCCUGGGCGAGGAGAAGGUGAAACCGAAGCUGACGGCGCUCAAUCCCAGCAAGGUGCGUCUGCUGAAUGUGUACAUCGAGAAGCAGCGCAACACCAGCGGAGGCGGAGGCGGAGGAACCUCCACUAAGAACUCGUCGGCGGCAUCCUCCUCAUGAUUGCGGGCGGAGUACCUCCAUCGCAACAAAUAAGACACGGAUGCGGAGGACGUUAGAGGAUGUAGAACAUUAACUAAUUAUUAUUUAAAACUAAUUAUUGCCGAAGAUCCGAUUCGAUCAAGAUCACCAUAACGAUACCGAUAACGCUACUGAUCUGUAACAGUUUCACGCGAAUAUAUAUAUAUUAAAGCGGCGAUUAGAAACGGAA